GGCAGCGAGGGUCAGCAAGGGAGCCAUGCUCAUGGCGGCGCUCGCGGGGGCAGCGCUUGUGAGUCUCCUCGGAUGGAGAACAGUGAGCGUUAGAGGUGGGGUAGAGCUGGAGACGGAGGGGCAGCAGCUCGCCCUGGAGAACUCCUUCUUCGACUCCAUCUUCGCUCGCGACCAAGCCAAGCAUGUCAGUGCUCGUUCGCACAAGCACAAAGCUGCGGAUGCCCACGCUGCGCCCCAACAUCAUCAGGUGGCCGAAAAGCACAAGCAUGGGAUCUCGGCCAAGCAGGAGCGAAGGCUUGACAAUGAUUUCUAUGACAGUAUGGAGAACCAGGCGGUACAGCUUACCUCGCCUCGCAAGAAGCAUCUUGCCAAAGUGAUGCAAGCCAAGCAUGCAGCGCACCGAGAGCAGGAAGCGAAGAGCUCAAGCCAUACGCAUGCGUCUUCAAACGAGAAAGCUAAAGGCUCUGCCAGACGGGACUCGGGCCGAUCGUUCAGCGAAGACUUCGCCAAGGCAAAGGAAGCGUUGAUUCGGGAGAAGGAGAAGAUGAGGCACCUGGAGGACAAGGACAACGAGAAAGCUGACCUGCAGAAGACAAAACUCGAGCGGCUGAGAGCUCACGAGCAAGCACGUCAGUACGAGAAGCAUCUCGAUGCCAUCAACAGCAAGGUUUUCCCUUCCUCCAUGGAUGACCUAGAAGCUCGCCAAGACACCACCAAGAGCGUGAGCCACGCGCUCGUCGACGACCUGCAUGCUCAGCACGCGAGUAAGAAGCUCAGGCUGCUCAAGGGAGAGGGAAGUGCUCGCUCCACUCAUCCCAUCAGCUCAUCUCAUCAGCCCAAGUCGACAGUGGGAUGAACUUGAGGCCUUGUUGUAUUAAACAUUCAACAUGG